AUGGCAAGUGUCGCCAUUUCUGAGAUCGUGACUGAAUCUGCCAAUUUGCGCGCGGAAUUGAAAGAGUGGGAGAGGGCAUUUGCAGCGCAAAAUGGUGGGAGGAAAGCAGAACGGAAUGAUAUCAAGAAGGUUCCUGAGAUCGCUGCCAAAUACAAAGAGUACUCUCGACUGAAAGCACUCGAAUCAUCCUCGGCAAACCCAGACGACCCAAAGUCUGUCCAGCUAGAAGAACGGCCUAAAAAGCGCAAGCACACAUCUAAGGACGGCCCGGAUGCUACUCAGAAUGCAUCUACGCCACGAAAAACCGCCAAAGGUGCUUUCGAGACGCCGUCUAAGAAUCGAAUCUCGAAUUCCCAUCCUUCCCAGGUCGAUCCUUAUAUCUCGCCUACGGCGUUGCGCAGACUCUUCAGUCCAUCAACGCACCGUACACCGCUAAAAACAGCCAUUGGUCCUACCCCUCAACGCGACGGAAAGGCUCUAGGUCUUUUCGACCUCUUGUCAGAAUCUGGCGGAAGCACAGCAACGCCCUCAGCAGAUCGCGUGGCAAGCGUACGUACCGCAAAUGUCCAGACCCCGUCGAAACGAAAGACCAUGGACACAAUCAUGGAAGAAGACGAAGACGGAGCAGAGGAGAGCCCAAGGGCCGGACGGACCCCCGCAUCAUCCGGGAAAAAGUGGAUGCUGUCAGCGCUAUUCGCGACCCCGACUACGCUGCGCUAUUCCGCAAUGGUUGAGGAUCACAAUCAUAUUACUGAGAGGAACCUGGGUCCUCCGACCAAUCCCGAGGGCACCGCCAACGACGCGACCGGGUCCGAGACCCCGUCUUUCCUGCGACGGUCAAACUCAGCACGAUACGCUACCUCUCACUCUGCCAAUCCCAACGGCCUGAGUCCGAUCGCUGUGCGCAAACCGCCACAAUUCGUCGGAAAGGGUCUCUCUGCGCUCGUGCAAGGUCUGCGCGACAUGGAAGAAGAACGCCUGGAAGACGAAUUGGACGUCCUCCGCGAGAUUGAGGCGGAGCAGGCAGCGCUGAACGUCGAAGUCGCUGAUAGCCAGGCGCCCGCUGAAAACAUCGGCCGGCCCUGGAAAAAGAAGGGGCAGAAACGUACAACGCGCAGGGUGCGCAUGAAACCCGUCAUCUCGAAGCCGCCCUCAAAGCCGCAGUCGACGUCGGACGAUGAAAGCGAAAACCAGGCUGCUGGUGAGGAUCCCGCGGAGCUUGCAGCAGUUCCCGAAACACAACAGCCGAGCACUCUCGACGCAGCCUUUGGUGAAAAUCAAGAUGAGGACUUUGACGACGAAGAUGAUCAAGUCUCCCUUCACACCAUGUCGGAGCCAGACCUUGAUUCCGAUCCUGACUAUGGGGAUGAUAUCAAACCUGUUACUAAGAGCAAAAGCUUCUCGGAGAAGAUGAAAGAAGCUAUCGGGGUUGUCCAGCCACAGCCAGCAAAACGCCCGGCGAAGCCUACCCAGCCGGUGGUGGAAGAAGAGCAGACCAAGAAGGUUCGUGCGCGCAAGGUGAACCCGGAGGCGCACGCAAACUACCGCUCUUUGAAGAUUCGAAACAAGAACAGUAAAGGCCGGGGCGCUGGACGCUUUCGCAGGAGAUAG